AUGUUCACACCGAUACGAACGGGCCUGGCUGCCCUGUUUGCGUUCUUGUUAUGCUUGCAACACACCCUAGCGGCAAGCGCAAGCAGUACGAGGUGGAUCACAUACCAGAACUCAGAGGGCGAGACUGUCUACUUGGAAGAUAAUCGAAGGCCGUCACUCUACACUGGAAACUUUGGAGACUGUUUGGGAGGAAGCAGCAUCAAUGUCACCCGGUUCGACGCUGCUUACUACAAGGAUAAUAUGACCGUCUUGUUCCACUUGGCUGGUAACUCCGCUCUCUACAACGAGAGCCUGAUGAUGUACAUUGGGGUCUAUGCCUAUGGCGAGGAUCGAUUCGACUUGAUCUUCAACCCUUGCAAUGCGAACAUUUACAGGUCUGGAACUGCUCGUUUCGUGGAACGCCGAGACACAAAAUACUGACAAUCUCGUAGCCUGUGUCCGAUCAACAGCAGCAUUCCAAUCACUGCAGAAGGCAUCAUUCCAGUCGCUCCGUCAGAUGUCGCCAACAUCCCGAACAUCGCACUGUCGAUUCCAGACUUUGAGGGAGAAGCCAUCUUGCGCAUCUUCUCGAACCUGACACAACAGGAGAUCGCAUGUUACUCUGCAGUCGUGACAAAUGGUGCUACGUUCAGCCACCCGGACGGAAUUGGCUCGGUCCUUGGUGUCUUCACCUUCGUCGCUCUCGUCGCAUCCUUCGCAACGGCCAUCUAUGGAGAAGCGGUACCGACUAUGCGUCUGCACUACGCUCACUCGCUCUCCGUCGGCGUUGUAUUUGCUGUCUGGCAGCACAUUUUCUUCAGUGGUGCUCUUUCGAUGAACUGGCCGUCGGUUUUGGUCGCAUGGUACAGCAAUUUUGCAUGGGCUGCGGGCAUGAUCUACAGCUCAAGCAUGCAGAAGAGCAUCAACAACCUCAUUGGAAACAAUGUCGGAAACACCUCACAGGUUGGUGCAGCUCAAGCCGGAUCAGCCAACUCGGGCGUCGGAGGCGGUUACGACAUCAGCGCCAUCUACAAGAGAGCCUUCGGGUCUGGCUUGAAGCGUGGUGCGAAUCGUCCAUUGGUUCGCGAUAUCGCCUCCGAGAUCUACAACCGCGAUGCGAGCCUCGUCCUGAAGCGAGACAUCGUUCAGCGCACCGUUGAGCGAGCUUUGCAAGCUCGUGACAACACCAUUGUCGAUGCCAGCGAGGGAUACCACUGGUAUGGUCAACCUGUCGGCAAAGGCUUCCCGCUACCAGGAAACUAUUCCGGUUUCGCUGGUACCUUAGCAGAGGAGAAUAUUCUGGCAAGCAAUGCCUUCAUGACCGGCUUCUUGUGGUUCCUCAUUCUGCUCGUGCUCAUGGUGGCUUCCGUCAUCGCGUUCAAGUGGAUACUCGAGGGCAUGGUCCGCUACAAGUGGGCCAAAGAGGAUCGAUUAAAAUUCUUCCGCGAUCACUGGGUUGGCUACACGGGUGUCGUCGCGCUACGCACUUGUUUCAUCGCGUGGUUCAUGAUGUUAUUUCUCACCAUGUUUCAAUUCACGUACAAUGCGAGCGGCGGCGUGAUCGGAAUUGCAGCAAUCGUCUUCAUCAUAUUUCUGGUCGGUGUACCGGCUGUCGCAGCUUACGCGUACUGGUACAAGCUCAACGUGACAGACCAGAACAGCACGCCAGCGAACAAGUUCGAGCAUAACAAGCUCCUCAGAGGCAAAUACCCGAUACCGCAGUUUAGCAUGAAGAAGACUGCGCAGACUAGCGACGCCGAAGUCAAUGCGCAGCAUUCAGCAGAUGAGAACAAGCGCGAUGGCCAGUCACUCUGGAAGCGCGUCUUCCGGUACAGCAGGACAUACGACCGGGAAAACCAGGAAAAGAGCAUCCACGAUGACGACGAUUACACAACGAAGUUUGGAUGGCUCGCUUCUCGAUACAGACGCACGCGGUGGUGGUUCUUCGCGACCUGGCUCUUCUACGAGUUUCUUCGUGCCAUCUUUUACGGUGGUGCAUCUGGAAAUCCUCUUGCCCAGGUGUUCGGUCUCCUGAUUAUUGAGGUCGCUGCUUUCGGUCUCAUUGUUUGGGCACGACCCUUCGAGGGACAACGCCUGAACGUCCUCGUCAUCUACUGCCUCGGUUUCAGCAAGGUCGCUACCGUUGCCCUUUCGGCAGCUUUUGCAACGCAAUUCAGUCUGCAGCGCAUCCCAACAACGGUUAUCGGAAUUGUAAUUAUCGUGAUUCAAGGCAUUCUCACCAUCAUCACGAUGAUUGCAAUCGUUGUAGGGGCGGUCAGCUCGUACAUGUCUGUCUCUCGCAACCGAGACGAUUUCCGACCUAGAAAGUGGCACGGAUUGCGUGAAAAGUACUUCGACCAUCUGGACCGGGCUGUGAAUGAUCUUUCGCCGCCAUCUCCUCCACCAGAGCCCGCUAAGGUCGAGCCGGAGGAGGCGAAGUAUGGAUUUGAGAUGAGAAGCGUGAGGAGGAUUGCAAAGAUCGAAGAUGAAGAUGGCGACUUCAUGUCCGAGAUGAAUCCAAAUGCGUCCUACGCAAGCGUUCGCGAAGGCCCGGACACGCCGACAAGGAUACGAAGCAACACUGGCACACCUGUAGAACGCAGCCGAGCUAACAGUCGUGCAAUGAGCACCUACAGCAUAAGCCAGACGACUUUGCCAUACGGAGCGCGGCCACACCGACCCAGCUGGAGCACGAGAGACUUCCGGGAAUUUACUCCGGUAGAGCCACAGGCCGCGGGGCGCCCAAGUACCCCCAUCGACAUGAGUCAAACUCUUAUCGAGGAGGAAUCUGUGCUGCCACCGCCACCUUCCGCCGGAAAUCACAGUCGCACUCCUUCUCGCAGCGCAACUCUCCCGACCAAGCUUCAACCACAACCGAGCAUGGACUCACUUCGCAUCGGCGGCGAAGUCAGCACCCGGGACACCAUUGGAAACGUUCCCGCGCCUACCGUGCGGCCUCGUGCAGGCACGUCAGGCUCGCGAAAAGCGGCGCGCAGCAUAUCCAGCAGCCACGGCUACAUCCCCGAAGGCUCUAGGAGUUCGGAACAGCUGAGCUCCGAUGAUGCAAUUUACACAGAUUCCUCAAGGCCGCCUAGCCUGCGGAAUUCGAUGCUGGGUCUGGCGUAUGGCAGGAACAAUCAUUUGACACCAGCACAGGAGCAGGAAGAAUGGGCAUUGUCGAGGACGAAUACGAGGAGUGAGGAGAAGGAUCGAAAGGACGCAGAUGAAGUGACCCCGAAGGAAUAG